GUUUAGUCUGUGGGUACAUAUUUCUGCUGCAACAACUGUUCAUUAAGGAAACAUUCUACAGAUUACCAAACAAAAUGACAGCCUAUGUAUUUAUACUCAUUGCGGGUGUAAUGCUGCAAUACUCACAGGCUGCUGUGAGGAUUGGUGGAGCAGAUGCUGAACUAAAUGCCUUGUGUCCUGCUACUGGCUAUCCAGCCGUUUCCUACCCACCAAGCCGGUGCCAGCCUGAAAAAUUUGUCCUGUGUGCUCAAGGUGUGGCUGAUUACGUCGACUCCUGUGCUAGCGGACUUUUGUUCAAUAGCCUGGGAUACUGCGACUAUCCAGAGAACGUCCCUUGGCCAAACAAGUGUCCUAAGAAUCCUGCUGGAACAAUCCCAACAUCCUGCUCCGACCCACAGGCUAAGUCCAUUGCGAAAAGCGAAACAUGCAAGAAAUAUUACGCUUGUGAUAAUGGAAAGCCCAUCGAAAUGCCAUGUCCUUUGUAAGUUACACUGUGAUUA